CGUUUCUUCAUAGCCAGCGCAGAAACUCCCUUCAUGUUUUAAUAGCCGGAGCGAAGGGAAACUUCUCUUCUUUAUUGGUUUCUCAAGUAACAAGAGACCCGACAAGGUCCUUCUAAAGAUCAUUUAGACACUGGCAAUGGAAACAAUGGUGAAUAAAUUUCAGGCGAAAUUUAGAAAAGCUAGGGAAGAAAUCAGUCGAUGGGAUGAGCUCCAAUCUCUUUUAGUUUCACAGUUUAGGAAUGCUUCUUCUAUCAUUGAUAGGUUGCAGGUGCUUCAAAAUUCGAAGAACUAUGCUAAUUUAAACUGUAUCAAUGGUAUUCAAGAUGCACUGUUGUCCAAGCAGAUGGGAUCCCUGGAAAACAUAAUGGUUUCUAUGAGAAGUACUCUGGAAGAAUUUCAUAAAAUUGUUUUAUCUCUUGAGAAAAUUCAUCGUGAUGGUCGACAAUUAGUGAAAGGUGGCUCUUCACGUCCAACUAUUAAACAGCUGCAGCAGCGAGUUGGCAUUAAACCUACCCUUACUGAUUGCUUGGAUGGCCUGUUGUUUCUUCAUGACAUACACAACUCUGAGUAUCAAUUAAAGACAUCAAUAAUCUUAGCAUUAUCAGCUGGUGCCUUAAAGCUCAGUGGCAGUGACCUUAGUGCCCUACUACAACUCCUGAUUGAUCAACCCAACAUCCCAAGUGAGGAAGGUAUGAAAGAAUUAUUUGUUAGUUCAAUUUGUCUUUGACAUAAUAUUUGCUGAAGAAUGCUGAAACUGUGUUAUUCAUGGUAUUGAGUCUCUGCCUGGUGAUGCUUGGUCAUUGGAAUUCAAAUACCUCGAUCUGUGCACUCAUGGAAAUGGGAUUCUUUUCUUGCCGGCCCGGGUAAUAAAAGGAGAUAAUGUAAUAUCCAUCUUAUUGUUAAGUUAUUUUUAUUAUAUUUUUUGGUUGGGAACAAGACAAUUCUACUUUUCCAUGUGUAAAAUAUGGUCGUCUAGAAGGAAAUCUAAUUAUAUUUUUAAUAUGAUCAUAUAUGCUAAUGUUAAAUUUAGAUGCUACUCAUAAUAGUAUUCACUAUCCUUUGCCUUAUUUAUCACGAAA